UUACACAGCCCUUUAGUUGUUUUAGAGGGAAAAUGUAUCGCUUUCGCACACAGAUUUUCUCCAGGACCGCUUUUAAUUCUUUUCUCACUACCGUACCACGGGAAGAUUGUCAAUUCAUGAGACAGUUUAAUAAAAACUGGUCGUGUAUUGGCUGAUUUCUGCUCAUUUUCUUAUUUAUAUGCACGAACAUGCCAAGGACCAAAAAGAGAAGUUCCAGGGGGGGGCAGAAUGUGGCUGUGCAGCCUUUCAGCGACGAGGACGCCUCCAUCGAUGGCCUCAGCCUCUGUAGCAGCUUCAGCGACGCCCUCAGUGUGGCCGACGAAGGAGGGGAGGUUGUUGAGGAGGCAGCCCAGGAGGACUUCCAGUACAAGCUGAAGGUUUACAUUGACAGCACAUUGGAUAAGAGUGCCAAGACCAGACAGGGAGCCCUGGAUGGACUGAAGGCCGCCAUGGCAACCAGGAUCCUGUACGAGUUCAUUUCGGACCGGAGGACGACCAUCGCGGACAGCAUUGAGCGCUGUCUCAAGAAAGGUAAAGGUGAGGAACAGCACGCGGCGGCGUCCCUGGCUUGUCUCCUUUGUAUUCAGCUGGGCUCGGGCAUUGAGAGCGAGGAGGUGUUCAAGACACUCAAACCCGUCUUCAAGAACAUCCUGCUGGACGGAUCGGCCAACAUCCAAGCUAGACAAGCCUGUGCGACUAGUUUGGGCCUGUGUACUCUUGUGGCAGAAGAUGACAUCCUGGACGUAUAUGCCACCAUGGAGUGCUUUGAGAGCCUGUUCACACGGUCCUAUGUGAGGGAGGACGGGAGUCGGCCCUCUCUGAACCCCCAGACCACCCUGCUCCACACCAAUGCCCUCCUCUCCUGGGCCCUGCUGCUCACCAUCUGUACCAGCAGCCAGGUCAAAGCUAUCACACACAAGCACCUGCCCAAGCUACCCCGUUUGUUGGAGAACGAUAACGUUCACAUGAGGAUCGCGGCGGGUGAGACCAUCGCUCUGCUGUUUGAGCUGGCCCGGGACACGGACCCUGAGUUUGAGUAUGAGGACUGGGAGCCUCUGUGUGACAAGCUGAACUCUCUGGCCACCGACUGCAACAAGCACCGUGCCAAGACAGACAAGAGGAAGCAGAGGUCUGUUUUCAGGGAUGUACUCAAGGCUGUGGAGGAGGGGGAAUUCCAGAGUGAGACAAUCCGCUUCAGCACAGAGCGUAUGACCAUCGACAGCUGGGUGAGGAAGAGGACCUAUGACGCCUUCAGGGAGUUUGUGGGCUCUGGCAUGAACUACCACCUGCAGGCCAAUGAGUUCAUACGUGACGUGUUUGAACUGGGACCACCCAUGCUCGUUGACUCGACCACACUGAAGUCCAUGAAGGUCUCCCGCUUUGAAAGGCAUCUCUACAACGCUGCUGCAUUCAAGGCGCGGACAAAGGCCAGGAGCAAGUUCAGAGACAAGAGGGUUGAUGUCGGGGAGUUCUGAUGUAAUCCAAUGGGUCCAUCCUUCCCUUUUCUUUUUUAGACGGUUUGACCAUUGUUUUGUUACACAUUAAUUUAACCAGUUGACGUGGUAUGUAUUUGUACAUAUUUAUAAUCAUGUAACUUAUAGACCAAAAGCUUUUCAAAUGACAUCCUGUUCUCCACACAGGUGGCCAGUGCAUGAGUCCAUUCUGUGCCCCAAUCCAUUAGUGAAUACUGUCAUUUGAAAGGUGUGCUUAGUUACUGCUGUAAAUGUUCCGUUAACAUUGUAUGUAUAUUUAAGUUGCACUAUUUAGUUGACAGCCUAUAACCCCCCCCACCACCACCUUUUUUCCUAAACCCUGGCAAUUUGUCUUGUAUUUUGUUUGGUCUAUUGAAGUGAGAACCCCAAAUAAAGUGAACGUGUGAAAAUGAAA